AUGGUAGUCUACCAGCAUUUCUGGUGUUUUCUAGCUUCCAUGUGCCUGUUGACAACCCGUACUUCCGGUAUCACGGAGUGCACAAACCCGCCCCCUGGUGUUCAGAAAAUAAUCCGAGGUGUUGACAUCACCACGCUAGACUUGGCGCCCAUCGAUUUCCAAGGCAACAGCGGCUUUAAGAAUCCGGUGCUCAAUUUCUCCUGCAACAGUGGUAGGAACUGGAGAAGUCCAGCACGGACGGUCUACCAGCUACCUGACCAGAUCUGGCAUAUGACGUCAGUUCCGGGAGGAUGGCUGACAGCUGACGUCAACAUCUACAAAACCUACAACGAAGUCAGACGCUCAAAGUCUUCUGAUGUGGGUGGGGAAGGUUCCCUGUUUAAAUUUGCCUUCUCAGCCAGCCAGAACUACAAGAAGCUCCAGAACACAAUCACCAACAGUUCCAAGUAUAUCUGUGACGUGUCGUCUUUUGAGUCAGCAACUCGUGUUGACGUCAACCCUUCGUGGGCUCUUGAUCUGGAUCGGUUUGCCCAAAUCUACAUAGAUCGAAUGCUAACAGGAACUUUCGCGUCUAACCCUACUGCUUACAACCGGUUUAUCAAUGAGUUUGGCACUCACUAUUUCUCCAGUGCCAAUUUCGGGGGUUUUAUCUGGAUGCUAUUUGAAACAAACACAGAUUAUUUUUAUUCUCAAACAGAAACGGAGAUUCAAAGAAACGCCAAGGCAUCUUUCUUGAAAAUCAUUUCCUUACGCGGAGGAACGGUAACUGGAUCCACCACAGUUGAUCAAAGAUUUGAACGCUCCACCACACAAACUGUGAAAUACUACGGAGGCGACACAAAUCUUCUGACCCAAAACGGAUAUCAGAGUUGGCAGCCUAGCGUUGACCUAGACCCAUGGCUCUUUUCUGGCCAGCUUAAACCAAUCAGUGAUCUAAUAUCAGACGAGACAAAGAGAACGUCCAUGGAGACUGCAGUUAGGAACUACGUUCUCCGCAGUUAUUUGAACGAGUUGAUUCGGCUUAUUGCUGCAGCGAAAAGAAAAUCCAACGACGCUGUUUUGAACAGCGCUAAAGAAAGAGUCGCGGCAAUGCUGAACAAAGAUCUGCUGGUUGAAAGCGAGAUUGAGGAUUUAGGGAAGUUCAUAGAAGAUCAGAUAAUUGUUCCUAAUUGGUUUACCGAAAAUACAAAUUUAUGUUUUAAAUGGUGGGCCGACAAUGAUGCAAAUCAAUGCGGCGGUGGAGUUGCCAACACUCUUUGUGCGAAGCCUAACUCUAUGACGACUGUUUAUAGGGAUGACACUGAUAAUCGCCAUGGGGGAUGUCGAAUGCAGUGGGGUAUCCAGUCAAGCGGGUUUCCAUCUUGGUUUGAGCAAGUUAGAGUUUGUUAUCAAUGGUACGCUGAGAGAAAUGGUGACCAAUGUGGAGGCGGUGUUGGUUCACCACUUUGUGCUAACAUAAACAACUUCACACCGGUGUACCGAGACGAUACUGAUGAGCGAAGCGGUGGGUGUUGGAUGCAAUGGAAGCUCGAGGUCCAAAGUUCAGCACCACUGUGGAUGAGAACAUUAAAGAUGUGUUUCUCGUGGUACCCAGACAAUGAUGCUAAACAGUGCCGCGGCCCUCUCUCUAGAGAUUUGUGUGCAGUGGCCAAUCAGUGGACAGAAUAUUACCUCGACGAUACAGAUGAGAGGCAUGGGGGAUGUCGUAUGAGCUGGGGAGUCAAACUGAUUUUUUAA